AUGCAAGAGGGCGCCCGUCCAAUCAGAGAGCCCGUCGGGGCUGGGAGCCUUUCGGGCGAGCCCCGGCCCGGCGAGCGCGAGGCUCGCCAGCGGCAGCGCGUGCGCGAGUGUCAGGGCUCGCUCCGAGGGACACGGCUGGCUGGGUGGAAGCGCCCCGCUCGCCGUCUUUGUUCUUUUGCCAACGUGGGGUACCUCUCAGGAAAGCCGUGGGCGGGCAGGCAGGCGGGGACCGGGCGCUUGGCGGGACCGAAGCCCGCUGUGAGCGGGAGUUCAAAACUCGGGGGUGGUAACUGUUUUAACCGCCGUCUUCUGGCGUGCACGUCCUGGGCCUGGGGUCCCACGCUCGGGUUGGCGCUCCGGAGGGGAAGGCGCGUGGCGGGCCCCACGGGCGAUGUUCUUUCUGCCCGGCGGGCCGCGCUCCUCCCGGCUGGCACCGGGCAGACUAAGUUAGUACGGUUCCUGUCGGCCCCUCGGCGGCUUUGGCGAGCAAACCUGGCGCCUGCUGCCCCGGCGACGAGAGAAAGCCGGAUGAUUUCAGAUUUCUCUGAAAGGCCUUCCAAGCCAUGUUUAUAUGUUUAUGGUUCUCAGCACUUGUCGGGUUUCAAGUUAUUUAUUAACAACUUUUCGAGUUCGGAUCGCUUAUCCCAUGUUGUCUCGGGGAAGUGUAAGGGAGAUUGCAACAUUUGUGAAUGGUUAGAAACCAUCUUGGGAGACAACCUAUCUCGACCCAGAGGAAUUAGCAAUGUGUUGAGUAUACACUCUUCCCCCUUGGGUUUCUGGCAGCGGAGUGAAAGCAAACAAUUUAAACUCAAGAGAUUUUCUUUACCAAAGCACCUAAGAGAAGUUGGAGCCAAAAAAGCUCAGAUGCUAGAGCUAAGGACAAAUGUUGGCACCAUAGGGACAUCUACAGUUAAAGGGACAUCAAUGCAGCUAUCUAAAGAACAUUGGCAAGAUCUAAAAUGAGAUUACGUGAAAAAUGGAGAUUUUGCCGGGCGGUGGUGGCGCACGCCUGUAAUCCCAGCA